AUGCUGAGAAAUAUUGUGAACCUGGAGAGGAUUAUUACAACCUGGGAACAGAAACCUACAGGAACCAGGAGGCUCCUUUGUUCAACCACUACAAUACACCUUGUUCCAUACAAACUUCUGAAAUGGAUUUCACUGCUGGUCGACCUGUUUUUGUUAGCUACAAAUAGCGUACCAAGCAAUGUCGACCCGUUACUAGUUAUGCCAAACUAUUCCAUCGAAACGCAGAAACUUCGUUUUAGUUCAGGUGGACCAAUUGAUGUUUGUCGUCCGCAAUUGACCCAAUCAUCCGUGAAAGAAGCAGACUCGAUGUUUCCUCUUAAUCUUUACGCCACCUUACAUGCCUGUGAUUAUUAUCAGCAAAGAUGGAUUCGAUGUGCAGCACAUUCAAAUACCUUGCUUUGGAUAACGCCAUCGAAUGCACCAAAUAAUUCCCUUGCCUCGACGAUCAACAAUAGUGUGAAGACGAACUUCACUUAA